ACCAACAUGUAUUAUUACACUAUAUUAUCCCUGAUUUUGGUUGCGAUCAGCGGCAGCUUGGCAGCCCCAUCCGAGCGGAUUGAGACGGAUCCAGAGCUGACAGCCGGCUAUGUUGAGGGCGAUAUGGUGCCCAGUGGGUCGUCGAGGAACAUCUGGCGCAAUGAGACCUAUCGGUGGCCCAAUCGCAUCGUCUACUAUCACAUCAAUAGCUACAUAGAUGAGGAGCAUCGGAACCACAUCAUUAGCGCCAUUCACAAGAUCGAGUCCAUUUCGUGUCUCACCUUCAAGGAGGCCACUACCGAUCAGAAAUACUAUGUGAAUGUGACCUCCGAGGACGGCGGUUGUUUCUCCUACAUCGGUUACCUAAACCGGGUUCAACAGCUCAAUCUUCAGAACAAUGAAAUAGGAGUCGGAUGCUUCCGCCUCUAUACGAUUGUCCACGAGUUCCUGCAUGCCCUGGGAUUUUUCCACCAGCAGAGUGCCGCCGACCGGGAUGAAUAUGUGCAAAUUGUGGAGGAGAAUAUCACCGAGGGCAUGGAGUUCAAUUUUGAUAAAUACACCGAGCAGACGGUAAACGAUUUUGGCGAGAAGUACGACUAUGGCAGCGUUAUGCACUACGGACCUUAUGCAUUUUCCAAAAACGGCGAGAGAACCAUUGUGGUCUUAGAGGAGGGCAAGGAGGAUGCCAUUGGCCAGCGACUGGAGCUGAGUGAAACCGAUAUCAAGAAGCUGAACGCCAUGUACAAAUGCCCUACUGUCAAAGAAUGAACACCUUUUAUCGUACCCAUGCAGAGUUUUUGCAACGUAAUGAUGAUAAAUUUCGUUUCAUUAUUGUCACCUGUCACUCGUGCAAAAUAUAAUCUGUUUAUUGUGUUGACAAAUGCAAUUAGGCGAAUGUUCGUCGCUGUCAUUUGCCUUCAGAUUAA